AUGGCGGCGACGGUGCCGCCAGUGAACGAUGACCCGGACAAACUGGACCCCCCGCUCGACCAGGCGGACAGUGACUUGGAUGCGGAAGGGGAAGAGGAAACCGACCUGUACGAGAUGGAUCAACAGCUACAGGAUGCGGUUCAUAGAGCAUACUCCGGCGAGGUGGCCGAGGAGAACGGUAAUACUGGACCGAAUGGUGGACCCUUGAGCAUGGCGACCAGCCGUGGACCAAAUGGUGGUGAUAACGAUGACACUGAACCUGUCGGAGCUGUGAAGCACCCCGACGACGCUUCUUCCGAGAAUGAGGAUGCCGAGUCGGGGACGGCCAACGGCGAUGUCGACCCGGCGUUUGAAGAGGACAACGACCGAGAAGCCUAUGAAUCGAGCGAAUCCGAAUCAGAAGCGGAGGAGGAGGAUUGGGAGGCCGAAAGCAACGGUCGUGAAGAUGUGGAUGUCGAUAAUCGCAGCCGGGCAACUUGCAUCUUUUGCACCCAAGAUGAGGAGCACGAUCCAAGUGAGGACUUUGAGGAAUGGUUGACCUGCGCUGUUUGUGGUGAUCAUUCUCACCGGCAAUGCGCCCGUGAACAAGAAGCAUUUGAUGAAUCUGAAGAUCCUUGGAGAUGUCCCACGUGUGUUCGCAACAGGCUGGAACCUGAAACUGCGGAAACCCCAGCGCAAACCAAAAGCGGAGCUCCUCAUUUACCAAAAGAGCUUUUGCCUGCACAUGUGGGAAGCCAAGAGGAUGGAUUCCACUCCAUUUUCGACACCAACAUCAGCGAUGAACUCCUGAACAGCUCGCGGUCCUUGCGUAAAAGAAAAGCCUCGUCGGUCGAGGCAGAUGAGCAUGUACCCGUGCUCCGGAAGCGACGGCGACCAAUGGACCAUUCUGAUGCCCCCGAUGCCCCCUUCGACGGUGCUGGUGAUGAGCCUCCCAAUGAGGCAGUCUCUCUCGCCCGGCCCAUGCGUUCUCGGCGGACUCGAGCGGUUGACCGAGAACAUUGUCGCGUGGUCGCAAAACAACUCGGUAAACUGGUUGUUAGUUUCCGUUUGGAUGAAGGCAAGGUGACGGAAAUACUCAGCACUCAGAGCCGGCCACUGCGCAAGAAGAAAGCCCCCAAACCACCGACUGCCUCUCAAGAAACCCAAGCUCAUUUUGCCCCCAUUCCUCCCGCACCCUACGCCCACCAUUACCAUCCUCUCCAUGAUCGGGAAGCCGAUGAAUCGAAGACCAAGCCAUAUGGUGGCAUCUUGUCUGAAGUGGAGGCCGACACUUCCAGGACUCUACCUUUACAAGGGGAUCGCGAUAGGUUUGAACAAGCUCGCCAACGGGCCGAAGAAGAGUGGCAGCGGAAAAUCCGAGAGGCAGAGCUCAACGGCGAAGCAACUCCCGCGGCCUCGCAGAAAGUAUCAGGACCCCCUUCCAAGAUCAAAUACAUCAACUUCGGUGGCUACGAAAUCGAGACUUGGUACGCCGCGCCUUAUCCGGAGGAGUACAGCCGCAAUCGGGUGCUUUACAUCUGCGAGUUCUGUCUAAAAUACAUGAACUCGGACUAUGUCGCUUGGCGACAUAAGCUGAAGUGCCCUGCGAAGCAUCCACCAGGUGAUGAGAUUUAUCGGGAUGGGUCGAUUUCGAUAUUCGAGGUGGACGGUCGGAAGAACCCGGUCUACUGCCAGAAUCUGUGUCUUCUUGCCAAAUUGUUCCUGGGGUCUAAGACUCUGUACUACGACGUGGAGCCAUUCUUGUUCUAUGUCAUGGCCGAGUACGACGAUCUGGGAUGCCAUUUUGUUGGCUACUUCAGCAAAGAGAAACGACCGAGCUCAGCCAAUAACGUCUCCUGCAUUCUCACCCUUCCUAUCCACCAGCGCAAAGGCUAUGGCAACCUCCUCAUCGAUUUCUCCUACCUUCUCACCCGCAUUGAGGGCAAGAGCGGCUCGCCCGAGAAACCUCUCUCUGACAUGGGUCUGGUAUCAUACCGCAACUAUUGGAGACUGAUACUAUCGUACCAACUUCGUGAUUUAAAAGCCCCUGUCAGCAUCGCAGAUCUGUCCGAUCGAACGGGCAUGACGGCGGAUGAUCUUGUGUCUGGGCUGGAAGGACUGCGUGCCCUGGUGCGAGACCCCAUUACCAAGACCUACGCACUCCGCCUCGACAAGGACUAUUUUGAAGAGGUCAUCGCUAAGUGGGAGAGCAAGGGCUAUGUCCAACUCAAUCCGGACGCGCUUACGUGGACUCCAUACAUCAUGGGUCGUAACAACCAGUCACAUUUCGACCGAGCACCUCUACAUGCCGUUGCACCUCGCGAAGAUCCCGACGAGGACGACGAGGAAUUGGAAUCGAGAGAGGAUGCAGACGAAGACCCUACGGUGGAUGGUACAGAUUCCGAUGCUCUGGGGGAACCCGCCGGUCCACCCUCAACCUCUGCUUUCCCACAAACCAAUGGCAUCCACGAGUCCGAGUCCGGGGAAUUCGAUCCCAUUCCCAACCCAGCUGCCGGUAUCCCUCCCUCUCGCUUUGAACUAUGGCCUCCCGUACAUGUCCCGGCACCCCCCAAGCGCAAGGUUGGUCGUCCACAUGGCAGCAAAGCAAGCCACUCUCGACCAUCACUGACGCCCACGGCAACUCGUACGAGUGGUCGCAACACACCGCGGCGAGCCUCCGGGCUACCCCUGUUCACUCCCAACGCCCACACGCCCAGUAUCCGUCGUGGCCGCAGUGCCUUGAUGAUGGAUUCACCGGCGACAGACGCCACUCCCGCCCAGGCUAAUGGGAUUGAUGAAGAGCUUGCUGAUGAGGCGGCCGUGCUUGACCCCAGUCCCGAAGACCUUGGUCUUGUGCUGGACGAAGAAGCGUCCGCGACCGGUGGCGAAUUCAUGGAAACCGAAGAUGUCCAAGCGGAGGAAGUCAACGGUGAUGAUGAGCAAGAAGCGGUUGUGGAAACCAACGGUGUCGAUCAUGAUGAGGAAUCUGCUGUCGUGUCUGAGUCCGAGUCCGAGGCCGAGCCCGAUCCUGAGCCCGAAGCUCCACAAACACCUGAGAAGAAACGGACAUCAGCGUCCACGUCCCCAACCACCGCAGCGUCCCACAAAUCCAAGGGCAAGCAGUCAGAUCAGCAUUCCAAGACCCCACAGUCUGUGAACCGCAAGGCCUUGGUGGAGAAGAUCCAAGUGGUGAUCCCCGCCGACCCCGAAUCGGCGAAGCGACGUAACAGCAAAGCGGCCCCCGUCGACACCAACGGCAUGGAUUCCGACAUGGAUGCGGAGGGAGAAGAGGACAUUGACGCCGAGUACGAGGUGGAUGGUGAUGUGGUAAUGGAGACCUGA